AUUCCCCCAUCGAAAAAGUUCACGAUUUAGCGAUCCAACCCGACACGCCAUUGCAGCUCUAGGACACGUAUUUCGAGCGCAAUCCGUCGCAAUGCGCCGAAUAUCACGCUUAAGAGGGCCCUCGGGCUUGCGGUGGUCAACAAGCUGCCGCUCAAUAGCGUCACUAUCCAGCCAGUGCAGUGUAGCCAAAGCUCCCGUAUCCAUAUGUUCUACGACCUUGACACCGUCACCCGUUGCCGCCGCCAGCUCCUCGCGCAUGUACUCGACAAAACCAGACUCCUCUACCUUGCCUCAGUCUCUUGGUGGUGCGAAGACUCACGUGCCGCAGCUUGACAUUGAGGCAGCGAACGAGGACCCACACUCUGCCGAGACGGAAAUCAUCGCUCAAGAGAGUUGGGACAUGGACGCCGGGGAGCCGAACGAAUACACUUCACAAACUUUUCAGCCUCCUCCGCCGAGGUCCUACGCCGAACGCACGGACGAGAUCCGAGAUCCCUCCUAUGUCCCGGCAACCACCGUGGAAGGUCUCUCGACACUGGGUGGUCUGGAAGGCUGGUGGGAUCGCCGCGAGAAUUGGCCCAGGAGCAGUGAUUUCCAGGGAUUCAUCGAGGCGAAGAGGAAGAUUACGCACCCUGACUCGCUCGAAGUAGCGACCAGACGGGCUUUGGUCGAAGUCUUGGUGAGGAAGGCGCGUGGUCAGCACUUGACUGAGGGCAUGCCGGUUGGCGGCAAAGAGGAGCUCUUGCGAGCUCUGGCCUUGGACUUGAAGGUUAAAGAAAAUGGGGAGAUCAGUCUGGUUGCAGAUGAUUCAGCGAUUGAACUUGUAGCCAAGGAUCUCGAUUGGGAAAACGUGCUGGCCAAGGAGGAAUUGACGGGCAAAGUGCCUGCUGUUCCCACCCUGUUGCCGGGUGAAGCUCAAUCAUUCAAGGAGGCUGCACAAUGGCGUGCCAGAUGGAAGAGUGCGUCGCUCUCUGAACCCAAGUUGAAGUUUGCUGUACUGAAGCGCAUCUUCCAACUUACGGGUCAGCGCGUCCAGGACCACCAAUUACCCGGGAUCACAGAUGUACUCUCGCUCCUUCGCACAAUAAAGGCCCCGCCAAAGCCGAAGACGCUGAGCCAGGAGAUCAUGGAGCGCAAACAGGACCUGGUUCAACUCCCUAAUGUGGCUUUUGCACCCAAGCGUGUCACCCGAGGUGAUAAGGAUAUAGCAUUGGGGCGGUUUAAGAUCAUUGAAAAGGAGCUUAUGACGAGAGAUGUAAAUGUCCACCCACUGUCGGUUGGCAAAAGCAGGGAGCAAAAAUGGCUCAAGGGUCAGUCUUAAACUAUCGGACAAUGUAUACUAUGUAAAUGCACGGGAAAUUUACUGGGCGGCAUGUCACUUUACAAAUCGGUCUAUGUGCCGUUGUAGCAAUAGACGAAAACUGUACAAUAGAGGAGGGGAGAAGCCUCCAUACCACCAACUGCACUGUAUCUUCAGUUACCUGCUGACUGGUUACCUUACCUUGUAUCAUCAACUUCCUGCGUGA